AUGGCUCAGACAGCGGUGCAGGGGAAUGGGGAGGUGGCGGGGACAUUGCACAAUCACGGUGCUGCGCAGGAAGAUGCAAGCAGUAGUGGAGCGGCGCAGUCAAACAUGAAGAGGAGGAAGCUACAUGGGCGCGCAUUCUAUGAGAGUAUCGGCAGUCCAAAGCUCAUCCUUGCGCCCAUGGUCGAACAGUCAGAGUUCGCAUGGCGACUACUCUCCCGCUCGUUCCUCCCCGAAUCUCAGCAGAAAGACCUCCUAGCAUACACCCCCAUGUUCCACUCGAAGAUGUUCGGCGAGAAGAGCAACUACCGCGACGCCCACUUCCAGCCCCUCAAAUCGACUAUCCCCUCACCCAGCGACGACUACCACCUCUCACAACUACCCGAAUCGGAGAGACAUCUCGACGGCAACCCCGCGUUCGACAGACCCCUCACCGUACAAUUCUGCUCGAACGACCCCGAAGACUUUCUGCGCGCGGCAAAACACGUUGCGCCCUUUUGCGAUGCGGUGGAUCUGAAUCUGGGAUGUCCACAAGGAAUUGCGAAGAGGGGAAAAUACGGCGCAUUCCUACAAGAAGACUGGGAUCUGAUAUCGAGGAUGAUACGCAAACUACAUGAGGAGCUAGACGUCCCAGUCACAGCGAAGAUGCGUGUCCUCGAGACACCAGAAAAAACUCUCGCAUACGCGAAGACACUGCUAGACGCCGGCGCAAGCAUCAUCACAGUGCACGGCCGCCGUCGAGAACAAAAAGGUCACAACACCGGCCUCGCAGACUGGAAGAUGAUUCGGCAUCUACGCGAGAACCUUCCUAAAGAAACAGUUAUCUUCGCCAACGGCAACAUCCUCCAACACGAAGACAUCGCCGCGUGUCUAGAAGCCACAGGCGCAGACGGCGUCAUGAGCGCAGAAGGAAAUCUGUACGACCCCACUAUCUUCGCUGCACCGCCCCCACCCGGCCAGGAAGGACGGGAGUACUGGCGCGGUCGCGAUGGUAAGGGUGGGUAUAGGAUGGAUGCGGUGAUGAGACGGUAUAUGGACAUCAUCCACAAAUACGCGCUUGGUCAAGACCCGCCACAACGGAAACCCCUCUGGAUGCCUGGCGAUCCCAACGUCGACGUCAAUGUCGAAGACCCAUCAAAACAACCGGCAGAAUCGACAGAUCCCAACUCGAACACUGACGCAGCAGAAAACAACAAACGCCCCGCCUCCCAAGGCGAAAGCCCGCCAAAGAAGAAACAAAAACCGUUGUCUAAAACUGCGAAGAAGAAGGAGGCUAGCAACCCUAAUCUCACGGCUAUGCAAGCCCAUCUCUUCCACCUUCUCCGUCCCCUCGUCUCCCAACACCACAACGUACGAGACGCGCUUGCACGGUCACGGACGGGCGAUAUCGAUGCUUUCGAGAAUGUGCUGAGUUUGGUCGAGAAGGCUGUUAAGGAGGGGAUCAUGAAGUACGAAGAAGAGCACGCUAAUGAUUCUACCGAAAUGACCUCCACUUCUACAGCUCCGGUAGAUGAACAGGCUGAUGGAAAGAGUGCAAAGGAGGAGGGGGAACUAGACCCCUACGAAUCCUCCCUCGCAACCGUCGCACGUGUCAAGAGGCCGUAUUGGGUGUGUCAACCGUAUGUUAGGCCGUUACCGAAGGAGGCGUUGGAGAAGGGGAGUAUGACUGUGAGUAAGAAGGAGAGGAAGAGGUUGGAGGAGGAGAGGGAGAGGGCGGAGAAGGCGGUGAAGAAGGGGGAUGAGGAGGUUAAGAGUGUGGGGUUGGUGCCGGGGGGGAGGGUUGAGGAGAAGGUUGUGGGCGGUGGGCAUGAUGGGGAUAAGAAGGCGGAUGGGGAGAAGGAGGAGGUUUUUGAGGAGCCGAGGGAUGGUAUGGUCUGUGGCUAA